AACCACUAGCUUAUCUAUUAUUUUUUUCCCAAUUAAACCUCCACUACAUCUAAAAUCAAACAAACACAUCUCUCUCCAAUUCACAUAAAAUAUAUCAUGAAAAAGCUCAAAAAGCAACACACUUUCUCCGUAAUCAUAAACCCUAUAUUCUUCACCUUAUUCUUGUUUCACCAUUCAUUAUCUAUUGAUCCAAACUACCUAUCAUGUGUCCCUGAAGAUUGUGGAGAUGGACAAAACAUUAGUUAUCCAUUUCAUAUCAAUAGCUUACAAGAUCCACUUUGUGGCUAUCCUGGAUUCGGGCUAAGUUGCUAUAAUGGUUCGGCUACUAUAAAAAUAUCCGAAAAGACCUUCGUGAUCAAACAUAUUAACUACACAAACCACAUUUUCCGUCUCCAAAACAUAGCAAAUCAAUCAUGUAGUGUGACAAAAAUAAAAACCAUGACACUUGACCCUACUCGGUUCACAUUUGUAACAAAAACAAAAUUGUUGAUAUCAAUUUGUCCUAGCAACGAUAUAUCGUCCGAAUUCGAUAAGUAUAAGGUUCCACCUUGUGAUCAAAAUACUAGUACUAAUACUAGUGAGUAUGUUAUGCUAGAGAAUGAUACAAAUAUUAUAAAUGUAACAAAAGGUUGUAACAAAGAGGAGAUGCCGGUGGAGAUGAUGGGUGGUGGAGAGGUAGUAGAUGGGCAGAAUUAUACAAAAGUGGUGGAACGUGGGUUUGAGAUGGGGUGGCUUGCGGCAAAUUGUGAUCGUUGUGAAAAGAGUGGUGGGAAAUGUGGGUUUAAUAUGACGGAAUUCCAGUUUAGAUGUUUCUGUAUAGACAGGCCACACCGGGUGAGUUGCAAACCUGAAAAGAAUAACCGCACACUGAUAAUCGUCGCAGUUGUUGUUGGAUUUGCGCUCCUCAUGGCCCUUGCCAUCGGCAUUUUCUUUAUCCGUAGAGCUUACAAACGCAAAGCUUUUGCGUAUUUUUCGUCAAAGGAUAAAUCACAGGAACUAGAAGAUGUGAGUGUCUACUUUGGUGUAUCGGUUUUCUCCUAUGCAGAACUUCAAGAUGCCACCAAUCAUUUUGACUCUUCUAAAGAACUAGGCGAUGGAGGUUUUGGAACUGUUUAUUAUGGUAAACUUCGUGAUGGUCGGGAAGUUGCAGUGAAGCGACUUUAUGAGCACAAUUACAAACGAGUUCAACAGUUCAUGAAUGAAGUUGAAAUUUUAACUCGAUUACGCCAUCAAAACCUUGUGUCACUCUACGGUUGUACUUCUCGCAAGAGUCGUGAACUCCUUUUAGUGUAUGAAUACAUCUCCAAUGGCACUGUUGCUGACCAUCUCCAUGGAGACAUGGCUAAACCAAGCCCACUAAAGUGGAGAACCCGUAUGAAAAUAGCCAUAGAAACCGCCAAUGCGUUGGUGUACCUUCAUGCGUCCGAGAUAAUCCACCGAGAUGUGAAAACCACUAACAUUCUCUUAGAUGAGAGUUUUUGUGUCAAAGUUGCGGAUUUUGGGCUAUCGAGGUUGUUACCUAAUGAUGUGACACAUGUAUCAACCGCGCCUCAAGGGACCCCGGGUUAUGUAGACCCAGAGUAUCAUCAGUGUUAUCAGCUAACUGAAAAGAGUGAUGUUUAUAGUUUUGGAGUCGUUUUAAUUGAAUUAAUAUCAUCAAUGCCAGCUAUUGAUAUUAGUAGGUCCCGUGAAGAGAUUAGUUUAGCUAACAUGGCUAUAAACCGGAUACAAAGAUGUGCUCUCGAUGAGCUGAUCGACCCGUUUUUAGCAGUGGACCCGGUCACCGAAAGAAUGAUGACGUCAGUGGCAGAAUUGGCGUUUAGGUGUUUACAAUUUGAUUCAGAAUCCAGGCCUACAAUGGUUGAAGUUUUGGAGGUCUUGAAGGGAAUUCAAGUCGAGGAAAGUGUUGAUAAUAUCAACGAGUUGACCACCACGAAGUCUGAUGUGCCACCGCCUUCACCGGAAAAUGAAGGCGCCGGGUUGUUAAAAGGGUUGCACGCCGCAUCGCCUAUCUCGGUUACGGCUAAGUGGCAUAGCACUAGUAGUGAAUCAACCACACCAUACAAUAGUGUGAUACAUUGAAGGAUUAUAUGCAAAUGUAUAGUUAUAGUAUUGUUUUUGAUAUAUACAUUUUGUAACCAUUAUAUGCUUGCCAUAAAAGUUCACAUAUGGAUUUAGUAACUAAAAAACAUCAAUGUUAGUUAGAAAUGUAUAAAUGGAUCAACCACCGAAGAGCGGUGAUCCAUACGGUUUAAGAUAUAUGCUUGUGCAUAAAUAAUGUUGAGCGGAAAUGAUAGUA